AUGGCCGACGACGCUGGCGACGUGCUGUACGAGGGCCUCCUGCAGCUGCGCUUCGCGCUCUCCUUCCAAGAGUACUAUUGCGUCUUCACGGACACGGGCGUGCUGCGGCUGUACGCUGACGAAGCCUCGGCCACCGCCCGCCCCGGCACGACGGUCAAGCAGACGCGUGUCAUCAAGGUUAAGGAGUGGAGCGGCGAAACGAUGUUUGGGGCCCACGAAAACUCGUUCAAGAUCGUGACGCAAAAAGGGAGCGAGGUGCCGGCGGCCGCACGCAACCGCAUCGAAGGCACGCUGUGGGUCAAGUCGAUCACUGCGGUGACCGAGCCCGAGAGCCACGAGGGGCUCAAGCUCCAGAAGCACAAGCGCAAGGCGGCGCGUGCGCUCGAGAAGGAGAAGAAGCGCCAAGAAGAGUACGAGGCGCGGGCCAAGGCCCACCGCGCGCUGCCCACCGUGCCAUCGGGCAAGCCAGACGUGCCGCCGAUCUCGUACUUGACCGACCCGCGCCGGACGCGGCUGGACGCACGCAACUUUCCCAAGUACCGUGAACACCUCAAGGCCCACAAGAUCGAGACGCGCUUGACGGCGUCGCUCGACGAGGCCAAGAAGGAGGACGAGAAGAAGAAGAAGAAAUCCAAGCGAAAAAAGAAGAUGACGACGACGACGACACGGACGACCUCGACGCGCCGACCUCGGACGUACCGCCGCCGCCACCGUCGUCGUCGUCGUCGUCGGUGCCGCUGCCUGCCCCCGUUCAACAACCUCCUCAAGCUCGGGCUCUCCCACGACGAAGUCAAGAAUUUCAUGACGGCCGAAGGCCACUCACCGGCGGUGCUCAACCAAACGAGUCUGUAUUUAAGCCAGUCGUCGCUCGCAGCGCCGAGCCAGACACCAGCGCCCGCCGCACCGCCGAAAGCACCGGGCUCGCCUUUGAAGAAAGCCCGUAAAUCCAGAACGCCGCAUGGUAUGUCCCCGGCUUCGCAAAUGACGUCCGCACCGGCGCCUGUAGCGCAAGCUCCGCCGUCACCCCCUGCACGCAAGUCGCUCCUGGAUCAAAUCCGAUCCGGCUUUCGCUUUAAAAAGAAAACAUAA